ACAAAAUUUUAAAAGACCUAUACGAGAUAAUGGUCUUACAUAUAUAUAUGCUUGGAAUUAAAUACUAUCUUUAUUGACAAUAUGUAUUUAUGCUUGAGAAAAAAAGAAUGAGAGUAAUAAGAAGUUGCGAAUGUGAACGAUGAGCCGGAUGUUUCUCAGGCAUGGGGUACGAGCGCAGUCAACGGCUUUCCUUGUUCAUAUACUAAACACGUGUUACGCAUUUGUCAGUCUACCCAGCUUCUACUGACUCACAAACUUUGCUAUUAAACUCCAAAUUUUACUGUUGUUGAUAAAACGUAAACCAAAAAUAAUCCAAAUACUAGGAAAAAGCAAAAAAAGAAGUUGUUUCAUAAAUCAAACCUAACCUAUCACAUACCAGAAACAAGAGUGACAAGAUUCUAAAGAAAUAUAUUUAUAUAUAUAUAAAGAAGAAAGAAGAAUCGAAUUAAUUAAUCUAAUAUUAUUUGAGAAAGUUUAUAAACUGACAAGAAUUCGUCGAGGUACAUAGCAACAUGACGGACAUCAAAACUGCUCGGACGAUCGUCGGAGCCAUCGGAAACGUGAUCGCCUUCGGCUUGUACUCCGCUCCAAUACCGACGAUGGUGAAGAUAUGUAAGAUGAAAUCGGUGGCAGAGUUUAAGCCAGAUCCAUAUAUAGCUACAGUUAUAAACUGCAUGAUGUGGGCCUUUUACGGACUUCCUUUUGUUACACCUGAUAAUAUCCUCGUCAUCACCAAUAAUGGAGUUGGUCUUGCCAUGGAACUCGUGUAUGUCAUCAUCUUCUUCACCUUUGCUACCUCGCCUGUCCGCAAAAAGAUCACAAUAGCUAUCGUGAUUGAGGUGCUAUUCAUGGCUGUGGUGGUCUUCUGCACAUUGUAUUUUUUGCAUACAACAAAACAGAGAUCUAUGCUAGUUGGGAUCUUAUGCAUUAUUUUCAAUGUUAUCAUGUAUGCGGCUCCUUUAACCGCCAUGGCACAAGUGAUAAAGACAAAGAGCGUGAAGUACAUGCCGUUCUCCCUGUCUUUAGCCAACUUCAUGAACGGAGCCAUUUGGAUCGUUUAUUCAUGUCUUAAAUUUGACCUCUAUAUUUUGAUCCCAAAUGUUCUUGGAUGCCUAUCAGGAAUAAUACAAUUAAUAUUAUACGCAAUUUACUACAAAACAACUAACUGGAAAGACGAUGAUGAAGAUAACGAAAAUAGCAAUUCAAAUGCUGAAAUCGAGCAUUCCCAAGCUUGAUAAUUGCAGCUACGGAUUGCAUUUUCCCAUUUUUUUCUUCUGUUUUACAAGAAGUACCAUCAUCGAGUGGUGAGACCAGGUUAGUAUCAGAAGAAAUGCCAACGAAAAUACAAAAAAAAAAUGAAGAAGAGGAACCCUUGAAGUUAAACGUUAAUUCUUGAGUACGAAGAAAGAAAGGGGUUUCAUUUUCUUUUUGGUUGAAAAUUGAAAUGAUUAUAACUUUGACAAGUUGAAUCUUUUGUAAUUUUUGUUACAUUAUUAGAUUAUCUUAUAACGUAGUUUUUUGAAAAAAAACUUGUCCAUUAUGGUUUUAUGUUUAAGAUCAGAGUAAUAAAUACAAAUUUUAUCAAAAAAAAAAAACAGAUUAAUAAAUAAACAGAGGUCCUCUUGUUUUAGGUUUGUUUUGGUUUUGUCCGGUUAAGGAUCCUUGAACCUGAAAUCAAAAAUCAUAUUUGCUCACCAGGUCUAGCUAGUAUUUUAGGAGCCAGUGACCGAAACUGCUGGCUCUGGCCUUCUACUACACAGAGAGCUUAUCUGGCUGCUAAAAAUUAUCGCUUCAAUCUUGUUUAAACUGAUUCAAGAACGACUUUUGAGAUCGU